AUGGUGAUUAUUCUUACCAAUAAUAAUAAUAAUGAUGAUGAUGAUAAUUCUCAUCAUCAUCAUCAUGUUUCUCCAGGUAACCCUGCUUACUGGCAGCAGGGGACCAUUGUUCAAAUGAGUGUAGAUGAUCUGACCAAAUCUUAUUCCAAACUUAUCCAAGGUUCUAUCCAAGUCUUAAGUAUAGAUAGCUUCAAAUUGAGGUUCGAAGUGUAUGCAUCGUUGAAUCAGUUAAUUUCAAUUGCUGAAAAACCAACAAUUCCUUUAUUUGCAGAAAGAAUGGCUGCCAUUCUUUCUGUUGUUAAAAGAGAUAUCACCAAAUUGGAAGUUCACCUUGGAAUAUGUCUGUCGAAUGAUGAUAUUGCUGCUGUGGAUACUUUUGAUGCUAUGGAUGUACGGAAACUUUAUCAAUGUUUAAAAUUCACCACUUCUAUGAUAAAUAUCCUGUUCCGUUUAGGUUCAAAUUACUUUGAUUCAAUAAUGUGGUACUAUAAACAUGCUACUGAAAUACUACAGAAUGAGAAUCUUUCAAGAGGUAUAUUGGGGCCAUAUAUCUCUAUUAUUAAAGAAGUUGUUCCCCUACAAAAAUCCCAAAGAGAUUUCUUCAAUGCUAAUAACCUUCCAGCCAUAGCAUUAGAUGCCGUAUUAAAUAUGAGACAACUUAACUCAUCAGCAAUCAUUUCAGAUCGGUUUCUUGCAAUAAGAAGUCUUGUAACACAUUUCCCUGCUACCAUGGCUUCAAGAGUCCAACGAUGGCUCCCCUCAUUAUUGGUUAAUAUGUUGCGUAUGCCUCCAGUCAUCCAAUCUAAAUGUCAAACAAUUGCAAUUCAAACACUUUUUGAAGCCGCAAGAAGUUUCAUCGAUGAUACAGCCACCUUAUCCAAAAUCCAGAUCCUUAUGGAUUCUCCUAUACCUUUUGAUAUUUGCUUCUUCUUCCAAGGAGAUGAUAUUCAGAAACUGUAUGAGGGGAAAUCACUAGUGGAGUUUGUGAUUGAAGAAUUACGUCUAUUGGCACAAGUUGAAGAGUCCAAAAAUGCUUUGGAUAUUUGGACUGCCAUAUCUAUUUUAAUUGGUGGACCUCAUUUCCAUAAAUGGUCUCCAUUAAAUCUGUGGAUACAGUUCCUAUUUGAUGUACUCCUCACUUCAAAGAAUGAAAGCAUCCAAAGAAAGUCCAUCCAUGCCUGGAGAGCUAUAGUUCAUAACACUUGUUAUUAUUCACUAGCAAAUUCAAGCUAUCUUCUGAAACAGAACAAUAGUACUACAGAAAUUGUUUCAUUAUUGCUUCGAUUAUUCAACCAUUUGGAUGACAAAACGGUUUGGAAUAGUAAUCCUAUUCUCUUCAAUGAAAUCUCAUCACUAACACUUUCAAUAGUGUAUUCUUUGCUUAACCAAAAACAUACCCAAAAAUGGCAUACAUUCUAUUGGACAGAAAUCAUUAACCCUUUGUUUAAACAGAGUAUAUUUAAAUUUAAAUUUGAAGACGAGAUUGCUUCUAAUCUUUUCAAACGGUUGUUGGCUUCUGAAGCUGUUGCUGUCCAAGAAGAUUUCAACCCGCUUCGAUGCUUAUCACAUGAUUGUGUUGAGGUUAAGGAAAUCAUUCCUCUAACUCAAAAAUGGGUCCAUUCAAAUAUUCCAAUCUUGGCCAUAUACCUUGAAGGAAUAUUGCUGUCAGUCCAACCAAUUCCAAUACUUAUGAAGUUUGAGUGUUUGAAGUUAUUGAUAUCCAAAGUAAAGUCAAUUAUAAAAAGAGAACUCAAAGGUUCAGAAGGUACUAAUAACUUACUUCAUCAUCUACCAAAAUGGAACACCCUUAUAAUGGAAAGUGAAGGGUUCACAGUGCAACCGUAUAUUGAAUACAUGAGUAUGGUAUUUGAUAUCUUUGAUAAUAAUGAUUUAAAAAAUACCUUUAUUCUUCAAACAUUAGAAAGUCUUUCAAAAAUUGGUGCUCUAUCAAUAGAAGAUUUGCAACGGGUUAUGAAUAAAAUCUGUGAGUUUGUUGAUGAUAACGAUUCAAUUUCUAGUAUAGUUGAGCAAUUGCUGUCACGUUCAAUCUAUAAUACAAAUUUACCAUUUGUAUUAAGACAAGUAUGCAAAUCAAAGGAGAUAUAUUUGAAGCUUUCAGGCAAGAUUUUAACUUACUGUGAUAAAGAUUAUGAACCAAUAGUUGAAGAUAUUCUAUCCAUGUCCCCAACACGAUUUGAGUGUGCUAAAGAUUUCCUGGAGGUUUGGCUCCCAGUGAAUAUGCAUCUUUGGAAACUCCAAGCUUUAGGGUAUCUUGCAGUUAAGGCACAUGCAACUACGCAAGUGAAUGUUCGUGCUUUGGUUGUACGGUUCCUCAAGAUUAAAAUAGAAAGUCAUAUUGAUACCAUGAACAUUUUAAGAUUCAUGAUUGACAAUGAUUUAUAUGAUUUCUUAUAUCAAACUGGAGCAGUAAUGUUUGAAUCUUCCAAGUCACUUGAAGUACCGGAAAUUGUUGCCUUUACCAAGUUAUGGAGGAAAUAUCUUCUGCAAAAGAGCAGGACUAAUGAUUUCAAGUCAUUGGAUAAAUUACUUUUGGUGACAUUCACCAGUUCAGAAAUUGAUACCCUUACUUACGUUAAGGGAAGAUGGGACCAAUUGCCUAAGCUUAAGAAGAGAUGGCUAAAGAAAUAUGGUGAAUUACCGGUAUGGAACGAAGACGGAGAUAAUAAUAUUAUUAAUGGUGAUGAUGAUGACGACGAAGAUCUUAAGUUGAGUGAAUCUGAUUCUGGAUCCAAUGGCAGCUUGUUUUCCAGCAACGAUAAUGGGUCAUUGAGGGAACUCUCCAGUUCAUCGCAGCUAUCUAGAAGAAACCCCGGUGAGGAAUUAUCAGAAGAGGUUUCAAUGUCAGAUAAUAAGGAUUCUUGGAGUGAUCACGAACCAUUGAAACAUCAAUUGGAAUUAAAGGGAUCGAAUUUGUUAAGUCCAAGAGUAGAAGUUCCUAUGACCCAAGAAGAUAAUAGUAGUAACCACAGUAUCACUGCCAAAGUUAUUGAAGCAUCUAACCAGCCUCAAGUGAUUGUUGAAUCGUCAAUUGAAUCUUCAUUGGAAGAGAAUGCAAAAGGCCAAGACUCAAUUGCUUACAAUGUUUUGUCCAAGAAGUCAAGUGGUGAAGGAGUUGAACCUGUAAAGACAAGGCAACUUAUGAGGUUAAUUUCAGAAAUAAAGAACCUUGUUGGGGAUGAACAGUUUCUUGAAGAAGCUAAUCAUCUUUCUUCGGCCAAUGGGAUUGCCUUGAACGGUACGCUUUCAGAGCUUAUAGAUGUUGCACUACAUGUUAAGGCUAAUCUUCUUAAGUAG